AUGGUGCUGCUGAAGCCGCUGAGCAUGGCACAGCUGAAGCAUCUGGAGAAGCAUUGCUACACUGCCUCAGGGCGCUCGCUGCUGGAGCUUCUCUUGCAGUGCCACUGGACCUGGCUGAUGGAGCACACCCUGCUCUGGCUGGCCCCUAAUGCCAUCACCCUUGGCAGCCUGGCCCUCAAUCUCCUUCCCAUGCUGGCCCUCCUUGCUGCCUGCCCCAGCACCACUGAGCAGGCGCAUUCUUGGUUGUUCCUUUCAUGUGCAUUAGGACUCUUUAUUUAUUAGACAUUGGAUGCUAUUGAUGGGAAGCAAGCCAGAAGAACAAAUGGUAGCUUUCCUUUGGGAGAACUCUUUGACCAUGGCUAUGACUCAAGUUCCACGUUUGUUGGUAUCGGAGCCUGCAUAGCACUUCACUUUGGAACAAAUCCAGACUGGCUGAUUUUCUAUUCCUUUGUUGGGCUGUUCCUGUUUUAUUGUGCUCAUUGGCAAACCUGUGUAUCAGGCAUGUUGAAAUUUGGCAAACUUCGUGUCAUAAUGAUUCUCUUUUUGUUAUCUGCAUUAGAUGGAACAACAAUGUGGGAUGCAAAGAUUCCUAUGUUAGACCUGAGGCUGAAAAUGUUUCCUGAAGCUGGGAUAGUGUGUGGAAGGAGUGAGGGGAAUGAGUGA